AUGUCCACGGACUGGAAUAUUUCAAACUCCAGCGAGGAGCACAGCUUUGCGGAGCGCUUCGGCCUGGAGCCCAGCGAGCCCAUUCUGCCGGACAUUAACGGGCAGACGGAGCUGCUCACGGCGGACAUUAUUCGCAAUCUCUCGAAGCACCUGCCCGCCCGCGCCGAGGGCUACGGCUGGUCACUCAUCUACAGCACCGCCAUUCACGGCUUCAGCCUGAACACGCUGUACCGGGAGAUGAAGCGCUUCGACUCGCCCGUCCUCCUCAUUAUCGAGGACACCAAUGGCGCCAUCUUCGGUGCCCUGCUGUCCAACUCCCUUCAGCUGAGUGAUCACUUCUACGGCACCGGGGAGACCUUCCUCUUCACCUUCUACCCCGACUUUGCGUGCUACCCGUGGACCGGGGAGAACCUCUUCUUCAUCAAGGGCAACGCUGACAGCGUCUCAGUCGGCGCCGGAGAAGGCAACUUUGGCCUGUGGCUGGACGGCGAUCUGUACCACGGCAGCUCCCACCCCUGCAAGACCUUUGGCAAUCAGACGCUGUCCAGCGAGGAGGACUUUGUCGUCAAGUCCAUUGAGAGCUGGGGAUUUGUCUAA